GUUAAGUAUAUAAGCUAUUUUACGCCGAACGUUUGUAAGCGCGCCUCAGUCGUAUAUUUAUCAACAAUGGGUAUGCGAGUGUUUCUAAUUCUUUUUUUGCUACACGUUACGCAGUCAAAGGUGUUACAACUGACAUGCAGUCAAGUACGUGACUUUGUGGAUGGGCAUAAUUCACGUCGUUUACGACUCGCCAAGGGGGAAAUCCCAAACCAGCCCGCUGCUUCUGAUAUGGGACAAGUGGUCUGGGACGAUGAACUAGCUGCUAAAGCGUCAGAAUGGGCGUCUCACUACAAAUUCUCGCACAAUCCCGACAGAAGUAUUGCGUCAGGCAGAUUCUCCACUGGGGAGAAUAUUUACUACGCUGGCAACUCCGACAUGAACUGGGAAAUCAACGUUGAUUCUGCAAUGGAAGCCUGGUUCAACGAGUACAAGGACUUCGAGUAUGGACCUCUCAAAAUCGAGCACUUCCAAGGCUCGAAUGGACCUAUAGGACAUUAUACUCAGAUGGCGUGGUGGAAUUCGGUAUACGUUGGUUGCGGAAUAUCAGAGACCUUCGAAAAGGGGAUGAAAGUGUACUACGUCGUUUGUAACUACGGACCAAGCGGCAACUACUUGGGCCAGCCACCAUACAAAGAUAACGGCGCCAGCAACGAAUUGUCGUGCAACGUCAACGACUGCGACCAAAUCUAUGGGGACAGCUGCUAAUGUUUUAAUCUUCCAUGUUAACUUAACGUUAUAUAUUUACUGUCCUUAUUAUAGGCAUGAUCACUAUUUUUUUUAAACUUCCCUAUUAAGUUCGGAGUUAUUUAUUGUAUCCAAAAAUAUCUUAUUUUUACAGAAAUCAAAGGUUUCGUUGAUAAAAGUUGCAAAUUAUAUUUAAAAAAAUAUUUCCCGCGAAAACUCCCUCCGGGUGUCAUGGCCGCACUCGUGACGUCAUAGGCAAAUUAUAGCUUUAGUAAGACCUUGUUCCAUAGCUAAAGAUUAAUCUAACGCAUAGAUUUUCGAAGUUCAGGCGGUACAAAAUUAGAUAUGUUUAGUAGUAGAAAGUAGAAGUGACGUCAUAAUUUUGAAUUUCAGACGUCAACACGUUUCAGCUGUCAUGGCGGAUCGCUAGACUUAGGUAAACACGACGUACGCCAUCCUUAGAAACGACACAGUUUAUGUGAGGAUGCUUCUAUUAUUACCUACUUCAUACAUAAAAAAAUAUAAAUAUAUACCAACUUAAAUAGAUAGAACCCCGCGAUGACACUUGCACGUUUUCCACAUGUUCACAUGUUCAGUGUAGAUAAAUAGGACAUUUUAUAUUUAUAAAAUUGACUUUUAAAUACUGACCGUCGUUGUUAGUUUGAUAUUAAAGUUAGUGUUAGGGCAAAGAAAAAUAGACCGCAAACCAUUGAAUUAAAAUAUUUUUUUAUGCUAAUUUAUUAAUUACAUAGUAUUUUAAAUUACCUAAAUUGCCAUAAAAUAUUGUUCAUAACAUUAUAUCAACAUAUACAAAACAUUAUAU